GCUCCGGCUCCGGCUCCAGCCCCGCCGCGCUGACCGCCGGGGCGCAAACCGCGGGGGGCUCCGGCAGCGCCGAGUCCCGCGCCCCGCGCCCCGCAAGCGGCCGCUCGCCUGCCAAAACAAACGGCCCUUCGCUAUUUAUUGCCGCCACCGGGCCACGGCAGCUCAGAGCGGGCCGACACCGGCCCGCCGCACCAGGCAGCCGGAGCGCACCCGCGCCGGGCAGCCGCCGCGCCCCGCCGCCGCCGCCACCACCGGCACCGGCACCUGCCCGCCGGCUGCGCGCCGCAUGGGGAGCCCCGGGGCGGGCGGCGGGAGCGGCGGCCGAGCCUAGCGGGGCCCCCGGAGCCGCCGGUCCCCCGGGCCGCCCCGGGGCCGCCGGGCGCGCCAUGAAGCCGGCGCGGCUGCUGCUGCUGCUGAGCGGGUGCGCGCUGCUGCUGGCGCCGGCCGUGCGCGGCUGCGGGCCGGGCAGGGUGGUGGGCAGCCGCCGCCGCCCGCCCCGCAAGCUCAUCCCGCUCGCCUACAAGCAGUUCAGCCCCAACGUCCCCGAGAAGACGCUGGGGGCCAGCGGUCGCUACGAGGGCAAGAUCGCGCGUAACUCGGAGCGCUUCAAGGAGCUCACGCCCAACUACAACCCCGACAUCAUCUUCAAGGACGAGGAGAACACCGGCGCCGACCGGCUCAUGACCCAGCGCUGCAAGGACCGCUUGAAUUCCCUGGCCAUCUCCGUCAUGAACCAGUGGCCGGGGGUGAAGCUGAGGGUGACGGAGGGCUGGGAUGAAGAUGGGCACCACUCAGAGGAGUCGCUGCAUUACGAGGGCCGAGCCGUGGACAUCACGACCUCGGACCGGGACCGCAACAAGUACGGCAUGCUGGCUCGCCUGGCCGUGGAGGCUGGCUUUGACUGGGUCUACUACGAGUCCAAGGCGCACAUCCACUGCUCCGUCAAGUCAGAGCACUCGGCUGCUGCAAAGACGGGGGGCUGCUUCCCCGGGCGGGCGUUGGCGACGCUGGAGGACGGUGCCCGGACACCGCUGUGGGCGCUGCGCCCGGGCCAGCGGGUGCUGGCGAUGGAUGGGGCAGGCAGGCCCACCUACAGCGACUUCUUGGCUUUCCUGGACAAGGAGCCUCGUGCCCUCACCUCCUUCCAUGUCAUCGAGACGCUGGAGCCACCCCGGCGCCUGGCCCUGACACCCACCCACCUGCUCUUCGUGGCUGAGAACGCCUCGGCGCCCGCUGCCCACUACCGCCCCACCUUUGCCAGCCGUGUGCGCCCCGGACAUUUCGUGCUGGUGGUGGCGGAGGGGGGCGGCUUGCAGCCCGCUGAGGUGGUGGGGGUGCAGAACCGGAGGGAUGUGGGAGCCUAUGCCCCACUAACGCGCCACGGGACGCUGGUGGUGGACGGCGUGGUUGCCUCGUGCUUCGCCCUGGUGCAGGAGCAACAUCUGGCACAGCUGGCCUUCUGGCCGCUCCGGCUCUACCACAGCCUGGUGGGGUGGCCAGGGGCUCAGGGGGAUGGUGUGCACUGGUACUCGGGGCUGCUUUACCGCCUGGGCAGGCUGCUCCUGCCCCCCGACAGCUUCCACCCGCUGGGGGUACCCUGGGCGGAGAGCUGAGGGUGCGCCCCGGCCGCAGCCGGUGCUGCUGGUGGAGGUGGUGGCUGCGGGGCAGCUCACCAAAGUUGGGUGCCCAUGGGGAGCUGCCUCCAGCCCUGCCUGUACGGGGCACAGCCACCUCCUGGUUGGGGGACACCGGGGCUCCCCGGUGUGCCUCCUCCAUGCCCACUGCCCCCUCCUCACCCCCUGUUCCUGAGGGGCAGUGGGGAGGCACAAAGGGUUCCCCCCAGACAUGGGGGUGCCCCCAGCUGGAUCCACAUGCUGCUAUUUGUGUGUGUGUGUGAUGUGCGUGUGUGUGUGCAGAAUUAGCUAACGACGGAGGUCUGAUAGACGAGGGGGAGUGGGGAGAGGAGAGAGCCCCUGGCUGCAGGCUGCCCACAGAGGGGGGCUCCCAGACUGGCUGCCCCCAGCAGGGAGGCUCUGAGAGAGGGGCCCCAGGGCCCUUUGCUGGGCAGCCCGGGUGGGAGAGAGGGCAAUGCCAUUCCCACCCCUGGGACAUGGCAGCUGGGAGGAGGGUGACCUGGGUACUGGGACAGUGCCUUGCCCUUAGCCCUGACUGCAGGUGCAGGGGGACACCCAAAACCAGCCUCUGUAUGCCUGGGGUGCCUGGGUGCAGGCAGGCUGGAAGGGCUGGCAUGGCUCUGGCACGAGACCUGUGACUUGGUGGCACGGGUGCUGCUGGAGCGAGAGGCUGAGGAGUGGGACCCUGAGCUCUGCCCAAAGCCAGGCAUGCCUACGGGGACAUUGUGACAGCACAGGGGGGCUCUGGCUGGCGAGAGGGGGUGGGGAGGCAGGGGGGUGGGAGGGUGCAAGUGCCAGCCAGGCAUGGGCAUGCACUGGUGGGAGCAGGGGUGGGGAGAGCUGGGGCUGCAGCCCCAGCCGCCGGAGCAGGGAGGAAGGAAAGAGGCUGGGGAGAAAGUGCUCCCUCCCUUGCCUUCCCAGCAUCCUGCCCUGAGCUGGCUCAGCCCAAAGCCAUGCCUUUCCUACCCCAAACCAAAAAACUCCCCACGGUCCAGACCCUGCCUGGCCUGACCUCCCUGGCCAUCCCAGCACCCCAAACCCUCAGGGUAACUCUGCUGCUCACCUGCUCCCAGGACCUGGGGGAGCCCCAUCAGAGCUGCAGCCAUGGUCCUCCUCCAGAUCCUGGCUAGAGCCUCAGCCUCCCCUGGCUCCAUGUUAGUGGAGAUGAGGGGGCUGGGGGGGGAGCUGUGACCCACAUCCCCCCUGCAGCAUCACGCGUCUUUAUUUAUUUAUCUGCUCUUUGUAUGUACCAUAGAUGGGAGGCAGCGUG